GCAACGCCUCGUUGAACUCUCGUGAGAUUAUAACACUGUUUUCCGCAGUUUCUGAUUUGCGGUAUAAAAUAUUGAGUUAUAAAGGCGUCCGUCAGAAAUUUAUACAGCUAAAUUAUUUCAUCUCACUGUCAUGUUCGUCAGGAUCCUUAUGGUUUACAUGUUUAUACAUGGAGUGUCUCCGAAGGUCGAGGAAGUUGAGGGUGUUAUUGGAGGUUCUGUUGUCCUACCAUGUUCUGGACGUGAAGAUCAGCCGUCAAUUGAAUACAUAGAAGUAUACUGGCGACAUAAUAAUAGCUUGAAUGUGUAUGAAAUUAAUAAAGGUAAAGGAUCAGCAGAGAAACAGAAGCUAGAGUAUAAGAACAGAGUUGAAACUUUUCCUGAAGGUUAUUUGAAAGGAAACUUCUCCCUCCAACUCAACAACCUGCGAGACACUGACGCAGGAACGUACUCCUGUUAUAUCAAUAAAGAGCAAGCCAUUCAGAAGGUCAAGCUUCACCUCAAAGGUGGAAUUAGUCAAAACAAUUCCACUGAUCCAUCAACAGAGAAACCAAAAGACAAAAGUAACAAAGGAGCACAAACAGGACCUGAGAAGAUUGUAACCACCUCUUUGCUUGCUAUUUCUAGUCUACUCUUUGUCUAAGCAAUGUCAAACUGUGUGUAGUAUUCAUACCAUUUCAAGUUCAAUGUAUUUGUAUUUAUAAGACCGCAUGUAUUUAUUCAAGUUAAUCUGAAAAAAAAAAAAUAUCUAACCAGUUUUGUAUCAGACUAAAAAGGAUAGCUCCCCCAAAAAUGGAAAUUAAUCAGCAGAAUGUCGGUAACCAAAAACUGUUGGUAUCCAUUGACUGUUGUAUGAUGCACAAAACCAAUGACAAUGUUUUUUGGUUACCAACGUUUCUCAAAGUGUCUUCUUUUGUGUUCUGUAGAGAAAGAAAGUCAUAUACAGGUUUGAAAUGAAGGUUGAGUAAAUGACCAUGUUUUUAUUUUUGGGUGAACUAUCACUUAAAAUUUUGUUCAUGAAAGACCACCCACAACAGAUAAAAUUAUGCACUUAAAAACAUUAGCACUUAUCUCGCAACAUCCUCACAGUAAAAUCACCAGUGGUAAAAAGGUCAAAUUAACACUCACAGUGUAUAUAUAAUCCACACUCUCAAAGUGUGGAUUAUAUAAACACUGUGAGAGUUAAUUUUACCCUUUUUAACAUUGGCGAUUUUGAGUGCUGAUGCUUAUUCAUUUGAUAAUUGGCAACCAAUGGUCCAGAGAGGGCAUGCCGUUUAAAAGCAGCUGCGUACAGAGCAUGAACAAAAGAUUUGUAAAAUAUUCUUUCACAGGUGAAGAAAACAAAAUCCUACUGUUUAUCACUACAGAAGGUUGUAAUGUUUACAUGGUUAUUGUGUUCUUUUCAUCAAUGCACUUUUUUAAAAGUGUGCCUUUUCUAUUUUUCUUUGUACUCAGGAAAUAACCGACUGUACUGUAGUAUUUUAUUUGAAUAAGCAGUAUUUUAUUACAAUUUGCCUGUUACAUUUAAUUAGAUCAUUUCACGUUUUUAAAAACUCUUAUUAUAGGCCUAUACUUUGCUAAAAAUAUUUUUAUAUAUUAAUUAUGUAUUUUUUAUAUUGCUGUGCGAUAUUGUAUUGUUUUAUAUGUGACAAUUUGUAAGCAAUUUACAUUAUUUGUAUAUUUACUUUAAUGUGCUUGACUCCUGGAAUAUUUGAAAUUGGUUUAAUCUUCAAAUCUUUUUUGGAAGUUGGUCGCAUUUAUUUUCAGAUAUCCCUAGGUCAAGAUUAAAAGUUUGUGUGUGGGAUAAAGGUCAAACAAAACAUACACAUUAAAGUGAAA